AUGGAAGAAUUAUGUGAAGAAUAAGGUAAAUUUGUGAAUUUUUAAGGUUGUUCUAUUUAUAAUGGAGACGAUUGUUAAAGUUUUUCAUUCUCAUGCAUAUAUGUAUUGAAAUAAGAGGUUAUUGUAUAGACCGUUAAAUUGAGUAUAAUAAUAAGAGUAAAAAAGGAGCGUUUUGUAUAUGGAAAUAAUUAGAUUAAUUGGGAUGUUAGGAUGUAUAAAGAUGUGAAGAUUUAAUUAUGUAUUUAUCAGAUCAUAAAUAAUGCAAUUAAGGUCUGUAAAGUUAUACUAUAAAUAUAAUGGUAAGAGUUGUAUUAAUCAGAUGGAAUAUGCAAUGAUUUCAUACAAGAAAGUUAAUGUUAUUCAAUACUAAAUAAUAAAUAGAUAUGUUUUUGGUAAAAGGAAAAGGGAAGUGUUUGGAGAAAAUAUAUGAUAACUUUGUCUUUAAGACUGAUUAUGAAUGUAGAUCAUAACUAAGUGAAUGCAUGAUACAACAGAUGGAAUUAAUUGUUUCAUUAGAGCUACUUGUAAUGAUGCUAAAAUUAAAGCAGGAUAAAUAACUGAUGAUAAUCUAGGAAAUAAAUAAGAAAAAUGUUAGAAUAAGACAUGUUAUACUGCAAUCAACAAUUAUAUUUAGUGUUAAGAUUAUGAUCAAAUAUUGGAUUUUGUUGCAUCUGAAAAUAGAGAUUGUAAGAAUAAACUUACUAUUUAUUCUGAUUAUUAAAGAUCUAUUAGGAUUAAUAAAAAUGUGA